UCAAUCAUUAAAUUUAAUUAAAAUAAAAAUUAAAUAAAAUUGGUAUCUAAUCAUAACUCUAAAGAGCUAGUUUCAGUCCUCCAAAAUAUUAAAUUCAAAACCAAAACCAAAUUGGUCAUUGCUUGUUAUAUAUAAUGCUAUGCUACUUCAAUUUUGAUUUAAGGAAGAAGAUAAAAGAAUAUUGCCUUGUAAUUUGUUUGGUUUCUGGUUCAAUGUUUGUGAGACAAUAUAUACGUAUACCUAGAAUAUUUUAUUCUCAAUCAAAGAAGAGCUUAGACUUUGAUGAUGCUUGGAUCAUCCAUCGACCAAGUUAAUAAGCAUUACUAAGAUAAUAGAAUGGGAAAUAAUUAGGGUUAGUGCAAACUUGGAAUCAAGAAGAAUUUUGAUGAAUGAAUCCCAACAGGGUUUUAAAAGUUGGCCUUAGCAGGCCUGACUAGCAAGCACGUAUGAAUGAAACUCAAUCUAAAAAGCUAACUCAAAUCCAAGGCUCAAAACAAGGACCUUACACACCAGCCCACCAAAAGGCUCAAACCCAAACCUAACUAUAGUUAGGGCAGGAAGUGAAGUUGGGACAUGCAGCAAUGAUGGCACCCCUUACAUCUCUAAUAGAAAGUCAUCAAGGAAACUGUACAAGCUGAGAUGCGUAUAGCGGUCAUGCAUGGCUGAGCCUGAUAAAAAAGGCCCUAAGAAACCCUCCUCAGUGACAACGAGUGAGCCGAGUCAGGAUGUACACCAACUAAAUGAAGAGCAGAAAAUCAUGAGGGUGUAGGGGAAUACAAAGAAGAUUGGUAUAGCUUCAGCUUCAUCUGAUCGAGUCUUAAGGGAUUAAAAAACCAUAUGUUGGUGCCGAUUCGUCCCCAAACUCACAGGAUUACCUCACAUUCACUUGCAAGAUAGCCAUAACUAGAACAAAUAGACCAUUUAGAAGAAAAAAGAUCACAACAAAAGAAAGACAAACGUAAGUCCUGCAUGCAACCGUUGAACCCAAGGAUUACGACAAAGGUUAUUUAUAGUCUCUACCCGAUAAGGAAGGGUGAAACCCACAAACCAGAAAGAAAUGAUCAGCCCCCUGCUCAGAAGGGGCGAGGGAAAGCAGCAACCAAUCGGCAGUAGAAAGAACAGAGCUCUAGACGAACCAAAAUUAAAAACAGAGAAAUUUUCUCUCUCUAGAAAGCUAGAGAGAGAAGCUUACCAAACACUUUAUUGUUGCCAAUAUUGAUAAUCUAAUUACCCUUAUAUUAAAUUCCACAAAUAUUGAUUUCAUAUCUCAUAUAAUAAUAAAAAAAAUCAAUACUUAAAUCUUUUUAUAUGCCAAAAUGAAGUAUUAUUUACUGAAAUUUCAUUUUUUUAAAUAUCAUUUGUAAACUGAAAUAUUGAACAAUUUUAAUAGAAAGUCUCAUGCUUGAGCAGACCCCCAAGGUCUCGCUUCACCUAUGGCUAUGUUGUUCUGCGAAUUUGUACUUGUUCGUUUUGUUAUUUCUAAUUAAAUAAACAAAAACGAAAGGGGGGAAAAAAAGGAAGGGGCUUGGAAUUUGGACGUAAGUGAGGAGGGAGCUUAGAAAAAGAAGCAAAAGUGGCAAGCACAAGCACCACCAUUUUUAACCCACUAAAGAUGAAAAGGAAGUCAGAUUCCACUAGCAUUUCCUUAUAUUUUAAUAUUCCCCAUUGAAGAUUUAGCUUCAAGAACUUAUCAACCAUGGCAUCAACAACCGGAUCAGUUCUCGGCUCUCUCUCUCGCUCGCUUUCUUUCUUUGUCUGGAGUUGAGUUGGGCUUCAAAAAGUUGACUUGAACGGCGAGGAUACAUCAGAAUAAGGGCAUCUAAGUGGGAUUUUUCAUCAUGGAAGACGGCAUUUUAUCACCGGGUACUCUGCUGGGCUCUCAUGCUGAUUCAGCUGAGGACUUUGACUCUAUGGAUAACUUCUUAUUAGAAGGAUGCUGGCAGGAAACGAUAGAUGGAUCUGAGUUCUUUAAUCCUAUCCCGUCUAGUUCUGCUGCCUUUGUCGAUGCUUCAUUUCUAUGGCCUACUUCAGACAUCAAUAAUGGUGACUUGGCUUCCAGUCCAUCACAGCGGAGCAAUCAAGAAGAGGAACAGAUGUCAUUGUUGCCCAGGAAUUCACCCUUGAAUGAAGCCCAUGGCAGAACUCUGGUUAAUGCUCAGGCUCUUGACCAGGACAUAGGCAGUGCUGACAGAUUGGGAAAUAAUACAACUGAAGGUUCUGAAGUAAGCAGAAGGUGGUGGAUUGGACCAAGGACAAAUCCAGGAUCCAAAACUUCUGUAAGAGAUAGAUUAAUUAGAGCACUUGGAUGCAUUAAAGAUUUCACAAAAGAUAAAGAUGUCCUUAUACAAAUAUGGGUCCCUGUAGACAAAGGAGGUAGACGUGUUCUAACAACUCAUGACCAAGCAUUUGCACUUGUUCCCUACUGUCAAAGGCUGGCAAAUUACAGAGACAUAUCCACUAAAUAUCAAUUUUCAGCUGAGGAGGAUUCCAUGGACAUGUUGGGGCUACCUGGUCGGGUUUUCUUGGGUAAGGUUCCUGAGUGGACUCCUGAUGUUAGAUUCUUUAGAAGUGAUGUAUACCCCCGGGUAGAUCAUGCUCAACAGUAUGAUGUACGUGGAACUCUGGCCCUUCCUUUUUUUGAAAUAGGUAGCAGUACUUGCCUGGGUGUUAUUGAGGUGGUAACGACUAAACAAAAGGUCAAGUGGCAUCCUGAGCUUGAAAGCGUUUGCAGGGCACUUAAGGCAGUUGAUCUUCAGAGUUCUGAAGUUCCAAGCUUGCAGCAAGUAAAGACCUGUGAUAUGUCCUACCAAGCUGUAUUACCUGAGAUUCGUGAGGUUCUGAGAUCUGCUUGUGAGACUUAUAAAUUGCCCUUAGCUCAAACUUGGGUCCCAUGCAUCCAGCAAGGCAAGGGAGGGUGCCGACAUUCUGAUGAAAACUACCAUCUUUGUGUUUCCACUGUCGAGCUUGCUUGCUAUGUGCAGGACACUAGUGUCCAGGCUUUUCACGAAGCUUGCUCUGAGCAUCACUUGUUGAAAGGCCAAGGAGUUACUGGGGGAGCAUUUUUUACUAACCAACCUUGCUUCUCAAGUGACAUAACUUCAUACAGCAAAACUGAGUAUCCUCUUUCUCACCAUGCGAGGGUGUUUGGGUUGCGUGCUGCUGUUGCAAUUCGCCUGCGAAUUGUGCACAAUGGUACAACUGACUUCGUGCUGGAGUUCUUUCUGCCUGCGGAUUGCACAGAUCCUGAGGAACAGAAGAAGAUACUUACUUCAUUGUCCAUCAUUACACAACAGGUCUGCCAGUUCUUACGGGUAGUAACAGACAAAGAGCUAGAGGAGGAAUCUGUGGACCUCAGGCAAAAUCAAGAAGAUUAUAGUAGUGGUGAUAGAUCUCUGGGUCAGAAGCUAGCUUCUCGUCUCAAUGUAAGGCCAAGAAUUUGAAGAUGAUGCCAGCGUAAUAUGCCAACUCAGAGUGAGGCUAGUGGUGCAGAAGCCCAAAAUCAGUGUCAAAGUUGGAUUGCUUUAACUUGCAUGUAAUGUUUCUCUUAUGACUAGAUGCUAUCAUCUAAUAAAUUCGUGUUGUAUGCUGUC